AUGGAGGCUCCCAAGAACUUGCUGUCAAAGGGGGAGGCAAUCAUUAUGGUGACGUGCGGUGCGCUCCGCGCGGCCCAUUCGGCUGGUGGGCCGGCAACGGGCUGCCCUGAGCUCCGCGAGCCUUUGCGCUUGCAGAGGGCGGCCAAGGGCAUGAUGCGCGCGGCAGCGGCCUUGCUGGCCAGGCCUUCCCCUCCCGCGUCGCCUGCGGUGCCCCCCGCGGUGGCCGCGGCUGCCCCUCGGCGGCGGCGGCGCUCCCGCGGCAGUGGCGGCCAGAAGGGCGGGGUGCGGGACGGCCAGCACGGCGCCGCCGCCAGCGACAGCAUGGACCAGGAGAGAACCACGGGAAAGGGCGCGGCCGCUGGGGUGGCAGCGGCGCCCGUGCCCGCGUUCGAGGAUGACUCCUGGGCCAGUGGCUUGCCGAGGCCCGCUGCGAGUUCACGGCGGCAGUACCUCGUCGGGCGCUUAAUGGCUCACGGUGCGCCGCCGGUCGCGAUCAGCCGUGCCACGGACGAGCACAUGGAGAGGCUCGUCUCGUUCAUCGACGCGCUCCAGGAGUCGGGCAUCGAGCUGCAGGCGCCGCGCGCGCGGGCGGCCGGCUCCGUAGGGCCGCGCGCGGCGUCGGGCACGGGCCAGCACGGGAGCGUGCACGGGGCAGACCAGGCGAAGCGACCGAACUGCUCCGAACGCUGGGCGGAAAGGUGGCCGCGGGGCGCGGAAGCGGAGCUGCCCGCGGGCGCGCCGCUUGCCACAGUGGGCGGGGCCUGCGCAGCGGCUGGGCUCUGCCUGUGCACCCGGACUGCCGUGGUCUCCGACGCGUGCCUGCUGGCGCUGGCCAUAGGCCUCGCCCUCCUGCUGGCCGCGCUCGCCGCGCGCUGCGGCGGCCUGGCGCUGCCGGGCGCCGCGCUCCAGCGGGGCCGCGCCGGCGCCCUGCUGGCGGAGCUGCGGCCGCGGGGGCGCCAGCCCGUGGCUGCCGCUGCGGCAGGCGGCGGCGGGCCCCCGCUCCCCGUGGCGUGGCGCGGGGCGCCGCCGGGCCCCGAGGGCCCCGCGACGGUGGUGCGCAGCGUAGGCGUAUUCGUCGCGGGCCGGGUGGGCUCCCUCGUGGCGGCGAUGUGCGGCCAGGGCUGGUGGGCGCGCAAGACGCUGGGGCACGUAGCGCUACCGCGUCGCAAGUGCUUGAGAAGCCGAACCCUAGAUGUGAAAUCGGUCAUGCACGACUGGCGCGCACUGCCGCUGGCCACCGUCUGUGCCACAUCAAAUUUGUGCUCUUCGACCCGGUGA